CAUCAUCAGUCUCCACUCUUUGAUCUUGGGCUGGCUGCACGCAUGCGCCCCUCAUUGGCUCCUCUGCACUGUCUGGAGUAAGUUGGAUGUGCGCUCUCCUCACUCGCAUCCCGAAGGCGCCUCAAAAACUGUUGCGAUGGGGAGGAUCAGGAAAAACCACUUUGGGAUUUUGACUUUUUCUUUACUAGUGACUUUUGUGUGGGCUCAAAGCGUCAAGGAUAUCAAAGAUCCGAGCAAUAUGCCUCUGGUAAAAGAAACAGUGGACAGGCUGAUGAAAGGAUACGACAUUCGGUUGAGGCCAGAUUUCGGAGGUGCCCCGGUGGCUGUGGGGAUGAAUAUAGACAUAGCCAGCAUAGACAUGGUCUCAGAAGUCAACAUGGACUACACCUUGACAAUGUACUUCCAGCAAGCGUGGCGGGACAAGCGCCUCUCCUACUCUGAGAUUGCUUACAACCUGACUCUGGAUAACCGAGUGGCUGACCAGCUGUGGGUCCCUGACACCUAUUUCCUCAACGACAAGAAGUCCUUUGUGCAUGGCGUCACAGUGAAGAACAGGAUGAUUCGUCUCCACCCUGAUGGAACGGUGCUGUAUGGACUCAGGAUCACUACAACCGCAGCCUGCAUGAUGGACCUGCGCCGCUACCCUCUAGAUGAGCAAAACUGCACCCUGGAGAUCGAAAGCUAUGGAUACACCACAGACGAUAUUGAGUUUUACUGGCGAGGUGGAGACGGCGCAGUGUCCGGCGUGGACAGGAUAGAGCUGCCUCAGUUCUCGAUCGUCGACUACAAACUCAUCUCCAAGAACGUCGUCUUCUCCACAGGUUCCUACCCCCGCCUGUCCCUCAGCUUUAAACUGAAGAGGAACAUUGGUUACUUCAUCCUGCAGACAUACAUGCCUUCCAUCCUGAUUACCAUCCUCUCCUGGGUCUCCUUCUGGAUCAACUACGAUGCAUCGGCUGCCAGAGUGGCCCUGGGGAUCACCACGGUGCUGACCAUGACCACCAUCAACACCCACUUGCGAGAGACACUCCCCAAAAUCCCCUACGUGAAGGCUAUUGACAUGUACCUGAUGGGGUGCUUUGUCUUUGUCUUCCUGGCCCUGCUGGAGUACGCCUUUGUCAACUACAUCUUCUUCGGCCAGGGCCCCCAGCGACAGAAGAAGGCGGCCGAGAAAGCAGCCACCGCCAAUAACGAGAAGCUGAGACCCGACCCCAACAAGUGGCUGGUGGGAAAUGUAGUUCAGAGAGAUGAUGCUCUGUAUGCCAGAAUGAAACAGAGGGAAAUUGACGCAUAUGACUCGAUGUGGGAUCCCAUCUUUGUGGACGAUGCCGCAUUAGGACUAGGCGAGCAAAGAAAUAAGAUGACCCCCGAUGACAACAUCCUCUUCAGCACCCUGGAGAUGAAGAAUGAGAUGGGCGGCGCCGGGGAUCUGUCCCGGGGCCUAGGAGCACCCGGAGACCCCCGCAACACCAUGCUGGCCUAUGAUAGCUCGACGCUGCAGUACCGCAGGGCAGCCAUGGCACGCCAGAACUAUGGCCACAGCGCCUUGGAGCGCCACGCCCAGAAGAAGUCGCGCCUACGGAGACGGGCUUCCCAGCUCAAGGUGAACAUCCCAGACCUGUCUGACGUGAACUCUAUUGACAAGUGGUCCAGGAUGAUCUUCCCCACUGUCUUCUCCUUCUUCAACGUGGUCUACUGGCUUUACUACGUCCAUUAAACCGAGCCAGCUCACGGCAGGCAUGUAAAGAAAGAGGGAAGAAGGGGAGGAGGGAAAAAAUAAGAGGAGAUGAGAGAGAGGAUGUGUGUGAGAGAGAGAAUGUGAGAUGAACAGUGCACCGACUUUUUUUAGGUGGUUCGUUUUAGAGAAAAUACGGAGAUACAAAAGACUUUUAGACGGACUGCAGCAGCACCCAACACUUCAGUCGGCAGUGACUCUUUUAGGAUUUGGGAAACACCUUCAAAUCGACUGACAAGCUCUUGAGAAAAGAAGAGAGAGUUUUAAAAAGACAGAAACGGUGCCUGUUCCAGAAUUUCAAUAUAUCACUAAUAUUUGUCAUUCGUAGCUUACUCUCUGUGGAUCAAAUAUUUAUGCUUGUGUUUGCAUAUACUUUUAAGGAUUUCUUUUGUUUAGUAUCUAUUUACUUCGUAGCCGAGCUGUCUGCAUCCAGGAAAGCUUUAUAAAUGAUUUUAAAGGAGUCAUCCUUGGAUAGUCUAUUUUCCUAUAAUUAUUGUAUAUCAAAAACAUCCUUUAAAAGCAUGCUUAUGUUUGAUUUCAUUUGCAUCUCAGUCACGAUGAUGAUGAUGAUGAUGAUGGAGUGCAAAGCAUUUUUAGUUGUGCUAGUAGAGGUUGUCCUGUCAGCUAACGUUUGCAGCUUUGGCUUAGCACGGCUCACCUGGGUGGAUUGUUUUGAGCGUCGCUGGAUGGGAACAGGUGGACAGCAGGGGGCAUGCUCUUCUCUGGAUGUCUAUGUGGGGCUUUCGUGGUGGCAACGCUCAACAGGAAAAGCUUGCUGUGUGCCGAAAGAAGAGUGGACACUGAAGCUUCAGCCAAGUUUCUGUUUUCGCUUUUGCUGAUGGAAUCGAAUCCAUUUCACCACGCGUGUUUAUUUCUUCUUCUUUUCUUUUUCUCGUUUGUUUUGUUUGACUUAACUUGACUCCCUAAACUUUCCGCCAUCACGCAAGGAGCUCGAGAGGCUUGGACGGCUUCAACGCAACCUAGGCUGCUGUGGGGACUUUGAGCUGAGUUUCAUUGCAACCAGACUUGCUGCAUAAAUAUGGCAAUCCACAAUCCAUCAUUAUCAGUAGAAUUGAAUGAUAGAAGUAUGAUGCGUUCCAUUGUGCUUAUAGGUUUCUGUUUUGAAAAAAAUGUAGAUAAACAUAAAGUCAUAUUUAAAGAAAAAGAGAUGAUUCAUUUUUAUAAACCAGUACUCACAUUAUUGUGUAAAUAUUACGGAUUUAUUCUAUUUAAAUGGGUCUUCGUUGUUGUUUUUGCAGUUGAAUUACAGAUCAAAUGUUCCAUUCAGUCGAGAAAAUAAAAAGAUAACGAAAAAAGAAAAGAGCAAUUUAACUGAGGAUAAAAAAAAAGAAAGAAAAAGAAAACACAAUUCACAACUUUGCUGACUCUGUACCUUUUGGGAUUUUCUCUCUUUUUUUCUUUUUAAUGGACUCUUAAAAGCAUCUACUUGCUGAAACUAAAGCACUUCCAGACACCAGUGACUUUUGGGUCAAUGUUUUGCUCUCCGGAAACGACUUAACAAGGACCCCACUAUCCAGGCAUUGAAGUCAGGCAUAUUUUGUACAAAGUUUCUGUAAAUUCCAAUUGUAAUAUUUCAUAAUGACUGUAAAUAUCUUGUGUAAUGAUUGUCAGCAAUUAUGAAGAUGUAUCUAAAUUCAAUUAAAACUCAAUUCAGUCUAUCACUUCAACAACAGAGUA